GAAUGUGGAUCAUGGUCGCUCUGUUCGGAAUCAGGUCUUUGUGAAACACCGUGAAACCUGGUUCGGACUCAAAGAGUCCGCACGAGCCUGUGUUACGUUAAAUAAAGCUCCAGAGUCCAGCAGGUGGACCCGGAGGAUCUCUGCCGGAGGACAUGUACCGAGGUCGGCCUCCGCCGAGAGGAGGCUACCCGCCGCCUUUCGAAGGCCGAGGUCCGCCUCCCGGGCCCAGGCCUUACCUGGUGCCGGGUUACAGAGAGGACCGGGGCCGGCCCAGGGCUCCGUACCACGCCGGAUAUCACGACCACGGUCCCCCCGAGUCCUACCGCCGCUCCCCGCCGCGCAGGAGGUACCCGUCCCCCGGCUCAGGGAGUCACCGUGGCGGCGAGUACUGGACCGGUGCUCCGCCGAGAGAGAGGUCUCCGUCACCGCGUGGACCUGUUCCCCUCGACCACAACCUGGUCAUCACCGUCGGCAACGAGCUGACCGGACCAUCUGGCCCCGCCCCCUCACGCCAUCAUGACAGAGACUACCCUCCUCGACCCGAGCACGAGCGGGGCCGGAGCCGACCUCGCAGCCGGAGUCCGGACCGGAGCCGGGCGAAGAGCCUGGGACGGAGCAAGAGUCAGGUGAGGAGCAAGAGCCGGCCCCGGAGCCCGAGCCGCAGCCCGGACCGGAGCCGAGCCAGGGGCCGGAGCAAGAGCCGCAGUCCGGACCGGAGCCGUGCCAAGAGUCGGGGCCGGAGCAAGAGCCGCAGUCCGGACCGGAGCCGGGCCAAGAGCCGGGGAAGAAGCAAGAGUUGGGGCAGGAGCAAGAGCCGCAGUCCGGACCGGAGCCGGGCCAGGAGCCGGGGCCGGAGCAAGAGUCGUCCGCGUAGCAGGUCCAGGUCCAGAGGGCGGAGCCGAGGACGAAGCGGCAGCAAAGCGGCGAGCCACGUCCGCAAUAAGAGCCGGCAGAGGAGUCGCAGCGCCAGCAGCAGCAGCUCGAGCUCCAGCAGCUGCAGCUCCGACAGCGACAGGGAGUCCAAGAGGGAGUUCAGGGAGCUGGACACGGCCCGGCGCCGGAAGGAGCUGGAGGAGAUGCUGAGCCUGCCGACCAAGUCCAUCCUGAAGAGACGCAACGACUCCGAGGACUCGCCAACUCUCAGGAGCACAGAGUCCCCCAGGGGUCCGGAGGGGACCCACAUCUCCCGGGUGGCCGACCAGCUGCUGCAGGCUGUUAAGGGCAUGGAGCCUCACAUGGUGGCCCACAUGCUGUCCGAGCUGCGGUCCGACCCGCAGAUGGCUCAGCGCGCCGGCCUCGACGCCGAGAUCAAAGAGAUCCUCAAUCUGCUGGGGGGCCCGGCGGGGGCCAUGGCUCAGGAGAAGACGGCGGAUGAUAUUGAUGACGAGGAGAAGUUCCUGUACGGAGACUCGGAGGAGCCCAAACCUGCACCAGCACCCGAGCUGGUCCAACACCACGGGUUGGAUCUGUACGGAGACCUGACGGAGGAGGCGCUGUACGGAGACUACCCGCCGCCGAAAGCCAUCAUUGGUCAGACGUAUGGCCUCCCGCCAGGGGCCUCGCCUCACCUUCAGGCCCCUCCCACUUUGGGGGAGGGGGACAUGAGGUACGCAAGCCAACCCACCAUCAGCCCUGACCAGAACAUCAGGGUCCAGGUGCCGAACCCUGCUUACCCACCGGGGACGGAGCCACUUGAGGAGGGCGAGCGACAGGCUCUGGAGGAGUACGAGAAGAUCCAGGACCUGCUGAAGACCAUCGGCCUGGACCUGGGUGUGGGCGAGAUCAGCAAGAUGGCCGCCAGGACCAAAGAGCGGCUCCACGGGAGCAAGCCGCCUCCGAAGACCCCCACCCGCAGACGGUACUCCUCCGGCAGCUCUGACGGCAGCCGCCGCAGUCGGGGCCGUAGGAGGCGGAGCCCCAGCGGCAGCUCCAGCAGCAGCAGCAGGAGUCGUAGCCGUGAGAGGGGGGGCAGCUGGAGCAGCGACGAUGACCGCAGGAAGAGCUUGGCGCUGCCCAAAUUGCACAAAGCCAGAGACGUCAAAGAGAUGAAGCCCGAGCGGAGUGACGCAGCUCCGCCUCCGCACAAAGAGCCGCUGCUACAAACCCCCGACCCCAACACCCACACACCCCACCCUGGGGUGCCCAUACCCACCUACCCCCCCUCACAGGUACACGGCAUUAUGCCCCCCAACUUCCCCCCGCCGGGUUACGGCCAGUAUGGAAACUACCUUCCCUACAUGCACCAGCAGUGGCCGCCCAUGUACCCGCCCCCCAAUAUAUCCUUGCCCCCCCCGACCAGCCCUGAAGACUUCCCCCCCAGUCUGCCCUACAAACAGCCCUACACCAAACCGGCCCUUGAGCUGGGGGCCAAAGGUCCAAGGAGUUCUGUUCAGGACGGCGAGAAGGGAAAAGUCAGCAGCCACGACAGGAGAGUGUCCGAGGAGCAGAACAACGAGAGCCAGAAACAAAAGGUUCUGGAGGAGAGAGAGAAGCUGAAGCAGGAGAGAGAGCUCCGGAUGAAGAAAAAGGAAUAUUUGAUGAAGGAACUGGAGAGACUCAGGAAGCAACAAGGUGGGCGCACUAAAUGCAUUAAUCUGGUCCACUUUGAGAACAGAAUUAAGAGGCUAGAUGUAUGA